AAAGUGUUAUUCAUAUAAAACAGCUGGAGUAAAUCAGUUCACAGGAAUGCAGGUCGGUGAUGGUAUUGUGUGUGAUCUGUGUUUAGUCUGCAUGUGUAUCACACCGUCUCCUGCCGAGGAAGUGGGCGGGCAUCUUAUUGCUUUCGAAUUCACUUCAGUUUUGUUUUGCACAAGUUUCUGCGAGAGCCGGCUGGCAGCUGUGUUUUUAUCCAGUGGAAAACUUGAAGUUGAAUGAUAUGGAGAUUCUUUCGCGAGUGGGGACUCAGGAGAUGUCUGGGAACAACACGACGCCCCCCUGCGAGCGCAUCGACCUGGACUUUACGCACACCUUCCUGCCGUCCGCGUUCGUCACGGUGUUCUUGGUAGGAGCGCUGUCCAACAUCUGGGGACUAAGAAGCCUGUGCAACAGCUGGAACAACAUCGGGAACAUUAACAUCUUCAUGUUCAACCUGGGAGUGGCGGACCUUCUGUACCUGUUCACCCUGCCUUUCCUCGUGCACUAUUACAUGCGCGAGAGCAAAUGGGAGUUCGGCCAGCCUUUCUGCAAGGUGACCCGCUUCUGCUUUAACCUCAACCUGUACGGCAGCAUCGGCUUCCUCACCUGCAUCAGCAUCUACAGGUACCUGGGCAUCGUGCACCCCAUGCGGGUGAUGGGGAGGAUCAGCAGCCGACACUCGCUGGCCGUCAGCGCGCUGGUCUGGCUGCUGGUCAUCAUCCAGAUCCUCCCUGAUAUGUUUUUCGACAAGAAUGUUCUAACAUCCACAAACUCGUGUUAUGACACCACCUCUGACGAGCUGAUCAAAAAAUACCUGCCCUACAGCGUCGGCUGGACCGUCACAGGGUUCGCCAUCCCCCUGGUGAUCAUUCUGCUCUGCUACGGACACGUUGUUGUGGUUCUCGCCAAAAAAUCAUCUAACGUCAACCCUGUGCUGAAGCAGCGGUGUGUGAAACUGGUGGUGGUUCUGGUGAUUCUGUUCUCCGUCUGUUUCAUCCCUUACCAUGUCUUUCGGAAUGUUAACCUGAAAAUCAGAAUUUUGAAACAGAGUGGGGACUGCCGCGCCAGUUUCCGAAACAUCUACAUCGCACAUCAAGUGGGCAGAUUCUUGGCUAGUCUGAACAGCGCCAUAAACCCGCUGAUCUACAUCGUGGGGAAUGAUGACUUCCUAAUGAGGAUCCACCGGGUCAGUAACCGGGCCCGGAUGUCUCUGGCCGGUCUGACAGGAGCUGCGCGUUACCGCAGACCGAUUUUAGACGCACCCUAGAUACAAAUCUGUGAGUGGCUGUGUUUCUUGCACCGCCAGAACUCCCACAUUUCCGGGAACAAAGUAUGAUGAAUGAUGAUUGGCAGGACAUUAAGUCUAUUAUCUAGCAGUACCAGUCAUCAGGUCACCAAGGCGACGGCACAGAGACAAUCUGAUGACCUUCUGGAAGACUGUAUCUGCAGACUGAAUUAUAUCAGAAGAACGGUUUGUUUUGCAGCUGAAGCUCCUGUUUGCAUCACAUUUAAUAGGCUACUCUGGGCCUAUUGCAUCAAGUAUUUUUUAUAUGUGCCUUGGUGCUGACCAUAUUUUGCACUUUCUGUGUGUGACUGUUUUUGCUUCAGAGCUGAUUGUUCUGUACAGUGCAGGAAACGUUCGGUCCAAUACAUGUUAGGACAUGGCAGUGUGUGGGCCUGCCUUGGCGCUCUUACAAAUGAAGCCUUUAAUAUAGCCUACUUAGCAGUGGAUUGAAAUUCCACUGUGCAUGUGACCGUGCCACAUCUCUUAAUUGCACGUUUGAUAGAGAAACUGGAACUGGAAAAGGAACUGCAACAGUGAAAAGGGCCGGUGAUUCUAAACCGCAGUAAAAAUACAAUUAAUACGCCGUAUUCAUGUGUUCAAGUCACAAAUGAAUGCACUUAUAGUGCAGAGGGCUGCCUGUCUAAAGGAAAUACUGUGUUGUACUAUAGUGUUAGAUAAUUAUACACAGGUUAAUAUAUAUUACGUUUUUAUGAAAGCAUUUAAGAGUGUGUUCAUUCGUCUUUAUGAUCAUUUUGUGCUGCUGUUAAACUGUUUUGCAUGAUACAAAUAUGUGUUUCUGUUAUUUUGUCCAGACCAUUUUGAUCAGAUAAGGCAAACAGAAUCCUUACUGACUUGUGUAUUAGACAGGACAUUUUCAUAGACAUAAUAA